AUGGCGGCUGCCAGGCCCGCGCUGGGCAGAAUCCACCCCAGGUCAUCCGUCCUGUUCCUGUGCGACAUGCAGGAGAAGUUCCGCCACAACAUCGCCUACUUCCCCGAGAUCCUGUUCGUGGCUGCCCGCAUGCUGAAGGUGGCGCAGUUGCUGGAGGUGCCGGCCCUGGUGACGGAGCAGUACCCCAAGGGCCUGGGCCACACGGUGCCCGAGCUGCACACCAACGGCCUGCCGGUGCUGCCCAAGACCACUUUCAGCAUGGUGCCCGCGCUGCGCCAGGAGCUGGACGCCCGGCCCCAGCUGUGCUCCGUGCUGCUCUGCGGCAUCGAGGCGCAAGCCUGCGUCCUGUUCCGAUGUGGAAUCCCCCACUCUUCACCCAGGGCCCCUAGUCUUGUCCUGGCUCUGACCUCUCUCUGUCCCCAGAGCACGGCCCUGGACCUCCUGGACCGGGGGCUGGAGGUGCACGUGGUUGUCGACGCCUGUUCCUCCCGCAGCCAGGUGGACCGGCUGGUGGCGCUGUCCCGGAUGCGACAGAGCGGUGCCUUCCUCUCCACCAGCGAGAGCCUCAUUCUGCAGCUUGUGCGUGAUGCCACACACCCCAAGUUCAAGGAGAUCAUGAACAUUAUCAAGGAGCCGGUCCCGGACAGCGGGCUGCUGGGCCUCUUCUAA